AUGGCCCGCGAGAAGUCGUCCUACGACCGUCCCAUCUCAGUGGACAUGGAUCGCGAGUCUCUCAGCCGUCGCGCCUCGGCGCUAGAGGAGGUUCCAACUUUCGUCCCUCCCCCUGGGUACCCCGGCAUCCCCGUUACCCGACGCGUGAGCACAGUCUCUCAGAGCUCACGAGUAAUGUUGGAGAAUGAUGAUGCGGAUGAUCUGGAAGAGCUUGUUCGCAACACCUCGGCGGUGAGCAAGCAACGAUCUCGGGAGAGGCGCGAAUCCCACGACAACGUCUUCGAGCUGCCCUCCUUCCCGAGGGCCGCGAAGCCAGGUCCCGUAAGCACGAUCCGGGAGGUGCCCUCCGAGUUCACAACCCCCCAGUCCACACGCCCUCCAUCUCCUGUCUCCGGUCUGGUCUCCGGUCCACAGUUGCCCGUCGAGUACGAGACUGGCACAGGUCAGGCCUACCCCGACAUUGGCACCAUCGCUUCUUUUCGUGGAGCCAUUGUGCUCCUUUGUACUUGCGGCGCACAGCUCAUCGAUAACGUCUUUAUGACGGGCGUCAACAUUGCUCUGCCCGCCAUUCAGAAAGACUUCGAGGUCAAAAACGGGGAGUUGCAGUGGCUGAUCUCGGCCUACACUCUGACGUUUGGUGGCUUCCUCCUGCUCGCUGGCGUGCUUGCCGAUCGGUUCGGUCGCAAGCUCAUCUUCUGCUCCGGUAUGGCGACGCUCAGCGUAUGGACGGUCGCCAACGGCUUCGCGACCUCCUUCAUCCAGCUGGCCAUCUUCCGAGCUCUGCAAGGCAUCGGCGCCGCGAUGACGGUCCCUUCGGCCGUCGGUAUCAUCAGCAACUACUUCGUCACGGGGGACCGAACGCUUGGUCUGACCAUCUUUGGCGCCGCCGGUGCUGUCGGCUUCUGCCUCGGUCUCAUAUUUGGCGGGUUCUUGACUUCCUCGCUCGGCUGGCGAUACAUAUUCUACAUUCCUACCGCUGUGAGCGGCGCCCUUGGCGCCAUUGGCUGGAUCUUCCUUCCAAAGGACAGAAUCGAGGGUAACUCGAAGCCCAAGCUGGACUUUGUCGGCGCUGGUCUGUCGACGGCUGGGCUGAUCUUGCUCAGCUUUGUUCUUUCGAGCGGUGGCGAGUACGGCUGGGGCAAGGCUUUCAUCAUUGUCUUGCUUGUUCUUAGCAUCGCCUUGAUUGUUGCCUUUACCUACGUCGAGAAGAAGGUUUCGAACCCCAUCAUGCCACUUUCUCUCUGGAAACUACAAAACUUUGCCGCUCUCUGGAUCGGUGGCUUUGUCAUGUACGGCGGGUACCAGACGACGGUCUAUUACACGACCCUCAUCGCUCAAGAAGUCAACAAGUUGAGUGCCGGCGAAACAGCUCUUCGUUUCCUUCCCAUGGGAGCGACAGGCUUUAUCUUCAGUCUCUCCAUGUCACGCAUGCUCGAGGUCUUCAACACUAAGUACCUCCUCAUCUUGGGUAUGACCAUCUGCGCAAUCGCGCCCAUCCCUUCGGCGCUCAUGAAGCAGGACGACCUCAACUUCUGGAAGCACGUCUUCCCGACCACCGUGAUGGGCGUCGCGGGUACUACUAUUGUCUACUGCACCAUAACCGUUGUGCUCCUGGCCUCGCUACCUGUCAACGUCAAGAGUCUUUGCGGUGGCAUGAUCAACACGGCGUUCCAAAUCGGUAGCGGCGUCGGCCUCGCACUAGCGAGUGCCAUUGUUCAGGCCGUGGACAUAAGCAAAGGCCAUAGCCAGCUGCAGCAGUUCAACACUGGGCUGUGGUGCUGCGUUGGCCUUGCAAGUGUCGGCGUGGUGGCCAGCACGUUUGGAGUGAAAAACGUUGGGAAGGUCAUCAGUGGCCCGGCUAUUGCUCAUUAA